UACAGCACUCCUUACAAUCAUGUCAUUGUCAACUUGAUUCAAAAUAAACGUCACUUGUCAGUUUGUCACCUUAUUUCAUCCUUAUUUACGCCGAAUCGUGUUUUCAACUGUUCACUUAGAACCAGAUGAUUUCAAUUAUUAUAAUAAAAAUAAUGCAAGUUUGUUUAACUUAGAAUUAAAAAUGGGUUUCUUGACUAUUUUAAAAAAACUACGACAAAAAGAAAAAGAAAUGCGUAUUCUCAUGCUGGGUCUUGACAAUGCGGGUAAAACUACGAUUCUUAAGCGUUUCAACGGAGAACCGAUAGACACGAUAUCUCCAACUCUUGGCUUCAAUAUAAAGACUUUAGAACAUCGAGGAUACAAACUCAACAUAUGGGACGUUGGCGGGCAAAAAUCUUUGAGAUCCUAUUGGAAAAAUUACUUUGAAAGCACAGACGGAGUAGCGUGGGUAGUCGAUAGCGCUGAUGCAAGGAGGUUGGCCGACUGUGCUAAAGAACUGCACUCGUUGUUGAGAGAAGAGAGAUUAGCUGGGGCGACGCUACUUGUGUUGGCUAAUAAGUCAGAUCUACCCGGUGCUCUGACACUGCAGGAAAUCCGAGAGGCUCUGGAGUUAGACGGAAUAAAGACACAUCACUGGCGUAUACUACGUUGUUCUGCCGUUACAGGAGAAAACUUGCUCGAAGGCAUGGAUUGGAUGUUGGAUGACAUCGCAUCAAGGAUAUUUACUCUUGAUUAAGAAGUUGAACGCUUUAUUUGCUAAAAACGACGCGAAAAAUUGUCAUGUGUAAUAUAACUCAUAAUUCAUAUUUCAUGAUAUGGAAAUAACUUGUGCAUUUAAAAUGUAACUAUUUUUAUUUGUUUAAAUAUUGCUUGAUUGUAAAAAGAGAAUGUUUGGAGGUGUGUUUAAAUGUCAAGAGUAAAAUGAAUCUUCAAUAUAGUAUUAUUUAUUAUAGAAAUUAAACAAAAAUUGACUCUUACAAGCAUAAUCUAUAUGUCACAGCUAUUUUGUACUACAUUCUCGUGAUGAAAAUUUCAAACAAACUGUGAUUAUUAUUUUUUUAAAUUUCAAUAUAAAUUUUUCCUAACAAA